AUGUCCUGUGUUGUUAAACUCCGGAGAGGUGGCAUGGACAUCAGCAUGGCUGAUCUUUUUGCCGCCAAAUCACUUUGGCAUGUAUUUGACUCGCUUGCGAGAAAGCAACACUCUUGCUCUCGAUCCAUCCCGCCACCUCAGUGGACAGUCAGGCCGCUGGACCGAAGCAAUACAGAUGAAGCAUGGGAGCUGGAGGCGUCAAACAUGGUCGACACUCAGCCGAUAUCGUAUAUGUGGAAUGGUUCCUCAAAUCCCGCCAGGACCAGAACGAACUGCUAUAUUGAAAUGGUACAGAUCCUGAAGAAUCUUGAGCCUUUUAUGUUGCCGGGAAGGGCUCCCAUGCAAUUUCUGAGCGAGCUCGAAGAAGGCGUGAUAAACAAAAUCCAACAAAAGGGGAACAUGAGUCACUUCAUGGAGAGUGUAAUAACGGCUAUUGACAGAAAGCGGCUUCAUGAUCAGGCCGAGCGAGUCCAGUGUAUGUACUUCAUUGAGGUGGAGCUGCUAAGGGUUGCGCGGGAGAACAGCGCGUCGUUUGUCAUCACCACGAACACAAGCCCGGUGACACAGGACAUUGAUCGACUUCUUGGAUACAAAGAAGAAGAAGAAGAAGAAAGCAAUGCUGUCAUCGAAUGGACAGAUAAUGAGGGAAACCCGUAUGUACCAUCUGUGGACGGUGAUUUUGACAUACAGGUCACGUAUAAGCUAUUGGGUGGUUGUUAG